GUGACUCCCCGGGUCGGGGAACACUGCUCUAACAUGUAGACACGCUAGUAGUUUAACGCUUUGCAGUAGCAAAAGGCAGUAGUUGAGCUUUAUUCAAUGUUGAGUGAUUUUUUUUUUAAUUUAAACCUUUGUUAGGUUGAUCAUAGUUUCCAUGUGCAUGAAUUUCAGCACAUGGGAAAUAAGAACUUGCACAAGUGCAACUAACAUACCGCACUCAUUGGAGUUGGUAUAUAUAACACAAGUAAAAUGAUGAGGUAGUGAUACUUGAGCAUUUCCAUUUUGUGAGACUGGUCUUCUCCACUACGUUUCACAGGAAAUGCAUUUUUUCACCCUUUGUUUUUGGUGUCUGGGUGGUGUCCAUGGGACUUGGACUCAUAACUAAAGUAUUUCUAACCGCCUGGCUACGGCCCUGCUGGCUUCACACUGCCCUGUUAGCGCCUGCACGUUUCGGUCACUUUUCCUGUAGAUCCUGCUGGCUGGUUUCCCUGCUGUACCCAGCCUCCACCGACAGAUGGCGCCCUUCUCUCUCUGCCUCGGGAAACAACGGGGUGGCUGUCACACAGACACAGACCGUCCGCCAGCCAGGCAGGGUUUCUUCGACAGCCUUUACCAGCCUGCAUGGGUCUCGGAAACCUGGGAGACCUCUAGGACUGGGAGCAGACGGCUGUCCACUUCAUCCCAGCGGCCUCCUCCAGAGACACCCGCACAUCACUGGCUGUGUCUCCGCCAACAUGGAGACUUUCCGCUGCAGAUGGAGUGUAGGCACUUUCCAGAGCCUCUCCGAGCCGCAAGAUCUCCGCUUAUUCUACAUUAACAAAAAGCCCCCCCAAGCCUCUCCUAGAGAGUGGAGUGAGUGUCCUCAAUACAGCACCGACAGGCCAAAUGAGUGCUUCUUCAAUGAGAACCACACAUCCAUCUGGACAUAUUACAGUGUCCAGCUCUGCUCGAGGGAUCAAGGCAUCCUCUAUGACGAGAAACUCUUCCAUGUUCAAGACAUUGUGCGACCGGACCCUCCAGUCGGCCUGAACUGGACGCUGCUGAAUGUGAGUUUGACAGGCACUUACUAUGACAUCAUGCUGAGCUGGAAGCCUCCACAGUCUGCAGACGUGGAGACGGGAUGGAUGACACUGCAGUAUGAGGUCCAGUACCGCGACGUCAGCUCUGACCUGUGGGAAGCGGUCGACCUUGUGAAAAGCACACAUCGCUCCCUUUUUGGGCUUCAAACUAACAUCAAUCACGAGGUUCGGGUCCGGUGCAAAAUGCUCGGUGGGAAAGAGUUUGGAGAAUUUAGUGACUCGGUAUUCGUGCACAUCCCAUCUAAAGUGUCGAGGUUGCCAGUGGUGGCCUUGCUCAUCUUCGGUGCCUUGUGUUUAGUGGCCAUCCUGAUGUUAGUCAUCAUAUCACAGCAGGAAAAGUUGAUGGUUAUUCUUUUGCCUCCUGUUCCUGGACCUAAGAUAAGAGGAAUUGACUCUGAACUACUGAAGAAAGGGAAGCUGAGGGAGUUGACAUCCAUCCUGGGAGGCCCCCCUGAUCUGAGGCCAGAGCUUUACAACAACGACCCCUGGGUGGAAUUCAUUGAUUUGGACAUUGAGGAGCAGAACGACAGACUGACAGACCUGGACACCGACUGUCUCAUGCACCGCUCCCUGUCCUCCAACUGCACUCCCCUCUCCAUCGGCUUCAGAGAUGACGACUCGGGCCGGGCCAGCUGCUGCGACCCAGAUCUCCCCAGCGACCCAGAAGCAUCGCCUUUCCACCCUCUCAUCCCGACUCAAACAUCAUUCCCGACAGCCUGUGAGCCCAGCUCCCCGGUCCAGAGCCCCACCGCUGGGGAGCCUUCUUUUGUAGCACCGGGCAGAGAGGCAUUGUACACCCAGGUGAGUGAGGUGAGGUCGUCCGGCAAGGUGCUGCUGUCACCUGAAGAACAGACUGAGGUGGAGAAAACCACUAGCAAAGACACAGAGAAAGACAUCAUUGUGGAGAAGGAGAAAGAAAAGAAAGAGUUUCAGCUGCUGGUGGUGAAUCCAGAUCAUGGAGGUUACACCUCAGAGCUCAACGCAGGAAAAACAAGCCUAAAAUUGUCCACAGGAGACACGAGUGAAUCCUGCCAGACAGGAGGAGACUUGAGUUCUUUGCCGUCCCCUUACCACAAAUCGGAUACAACCCCCAUGUCCCCUCUUCCCCCUGCUCCUGUGUACACCGUGGUAGAGGGUGUUGACAGGGAGAACAGCCUCUUACUGACACCAAACUCAACACCUGCUCCCCAGCUGAUAAUCCCAAAGACCACGCCGACACCAGAUGGCUACCUGACCCCUGACCUUUUGGGAAGCAUCACACCGUAGAUCAGCAGUGAAUUGUGCAAAGUUAAGAUUGUUCAAUCAAAGGCAGAGAUAAGCUUGGGAACGGUCUUGGAGAUUGACUCUGUUGAGGGUCCCACGAUUGAGUGUUGAAUGUCAGCUCUCCUAAAAUAGUUGAAGGUGGCGUCUCUGCCUGUCCUGCAACCACCUCUACCUCCUGUAAAGUCGACGGGGUUGGAAGUUCGGUAUGAUGGAGGAAGAGCAAACAAGAAUGUGUUUUACUGCAGUUGCGGAAAGGGAACCGUUCAAAGGGAAAUAACACAAACUGGGGCUGGAAAUUGCCUAAAAAAAUUUUCAAUUCUCUGAUGCCUAAAAAACAGGUCUACAACAAAACAAUCCAAUACAAUAUGAAUAAGUAUCUUUGUUAAAGCUGCAUUGAUCAACAUUUGGCCACAAGAGGACAGAAGAACAACACAGCAAGCGGACAGUCACUGCAACAGCAUUUUUAUGUUAAAUAGUUUUCAUUUUACUUUUAAUUCUCAGGAAAGAAUACAGAAUAAUUUGCCCCUCUGGCGUGAACUUGUGUGAAUCUCUGGUAUAAAUUAAUAUUCAUCAGUUUUCAUUCAUUCGUUCAUUCCAUUUCUCUCUCCGUCUCUCACUCACUGAGGAGGGCGAGGCGAGAUCGCGAGCAGCUCUCUUCCUCCUCACGACUGUACAGUGCCAGAAACAGGUUGUGACAACAAAAAGGAGAAAAAAAGGGUGAUAAAUCGGGAGGAAUACGGGAGAAUUGUGACCCCGGGAGGAAACCCAAGAGAGGGCAAGUAUGGUUUCUGCCCGCCACUUUCUUCACCAGCUAGUUGCUCAUUUUGUCUGUCUGCAGUUUGGUGCUGGGAGCUAAAAGAGGCUAAAAAGCGCUGUCGAGGUGCAGAGUUGGUGGGAAUACCCUGUGGUUUUGUCACUACGAGUAACACCUUUCACAUUGCAGGCAGUCAUUUCAUUCAAUGUCAAUAUGAAAAUAUUGACUAAUGCAGCUUUAAAUGAGAACACAUUAAAUUGUACUGCCACAUGCUUUAUUCCAAUAUGUAAGUAACCCAUUACUUCUUUUUUUAAAAACUCUUAAGGGUUCAUAUAUCAUGUGAUCAAUCUACUGGAGUAUAAAAUAUUAGAUGCUUAUAUUUUGAUGCCAUUAUGUUCUUCACCUAUGUUCUAAACUGUGAAAUGUUUUCAGAGCUGACAGCCCAAAUAAUUUGGAUUGUCAUCUUAUGCUCAGUCAGUAUUAGUUUUUUAGUGUGUGCACUGUAAAAGUUUUUAUUUUUCAUUUGGUUUCUGGUAAACAGUGCAUUUAAUGCUGGGGGUGCAUGGGGAUACAUUCAAAAGUGUUAGUUAUAAAUAAAUAACUUUCAUACUUUU